AUGCCGGCUCUGCCAGCACUGCUGCUGUCAAUACAUUUCCUGUUUUUGUUGCUAAUCACCAUGCCACCACGCUCCCUCAGCCAGGCCCCUCUACUCUCCUCCGUCCGCAUGGCUGCAAUCUUGGAUGACCAGUCUGUGUGUGGGCGCGGGGAGCGGUUGGCGCUGGCUCUGGCCAGGGAGAAUAUCAACAGUGUUAUAGAAGGUCCAGCCCGAGCUCGUGUGGAGGUGGACAUAUACGAGCUUCAAAAAGACUCCCAGUACGACACAACCGACACCAUGUGUCAGAUUUUACCCAAAGGCGUAGUUUCUGUGAUUGGUCCUGCCUCCAGCCCCGCCUCCGGCUCUACAGUCAGUCAUAUAUGUGGCGAGAAAGAGAUCCCUCAUGUAAAAAUUGGUCCAGAGGAAACUCCCCGCUUGCCGUACCUCCGCUUUGCCUCUGUCACCCUGUACCCUAGCAACGAAGACUUGAGUCUGGCCAUAGGAGCCAUCUUACGCUCAUUCAGCUACCCAUCAGCCAGCCUGGUCUGUGCCAAAGCUGAGUGCCUGCUGAGAUUGGAAGAGCUGGUCCGGCGCUUCCUCAUCUCACGAGAGACGCUGUCAGUCAGGAUGCUGGAUGACAACCUGGACCCUACCCCACUCCUGAAGGAGAUCCGCGAUGACAAAGUGGCCACCAUCAUCAUUGACGCCAAUGCCUCUGUCUCUUAUCUCAUCCUCAAGAAGGCAUCAGAGCUGGGGAUGACAUCAGCAUUUUAUAAGUACAUCCUCACCACCAUGGACUUUCCUCUGUUGAAACUGGAUGACAUUGUCGAUGAGCAGUCAAACAUCGUGGGUUUCUCCAUGUUCAAUACAACGCAUCCCUUUUAUUUGGAGUUCAUCCGGAGCCUGAACCUCUCUUGGAGAGAGGGCUGCGAUCUGACUUACCCUGGCCCUGCGCUCUCCUCGGCACUGAUGUUCGAUGCAGUGCAUGUGGUGGUGGGGGCGGUAAGGGAGCUGAACCGCAGUCAGGAAAUUGGUGUGAAGCCACUCAGCUGCACCUCACCUCAGAUCUGGCAACAUGGGACCAGCCUGAUGAAUUAUCUGCGCAUGGUGGAGUACGAUGGCCUAACUGGACGAGUUGAGUUCAACAGCAAAGGUCAGAGAACCAACUACACCCUGCGGAUCCUGGAGAAACACAGAGGAGGCCACAAAGAGAUCGGUAUCUGGUACUCCAACAACACCUUGGCAAUGAACUCCACCAGUCUGGAUAUUAAUGUCUCUGAGACGCUGGCAAACAAGACCCUCAUUGUCACCACCAUUCUGGAGAAUCCAUAUGUGAUGCGUAAAGACAAUUACCAAGAUUUCCAGGGCAACGACCAGUAUGAAGGCUUCUGUGUUGACAUGUUGAGGGAGCUGGCAGACAUCUUAAAAUUCUCCUUCAAAAUCAAGCUGGUGGAUGAUGGACUCUAUGGGGCCCCAGAGCCCAACGGCUCAUGGACUGGCAUGGUUGGAGAGCUAAUCAACAGGAAAGCAGACCUGGCCGUGGCGGGCUUCACCAUAACAUCGGAAAGAGAGAAAGUUAUUGACUUCUCUAAGCCGUUCAUGACCCUGGGGAUCAGCAUCUUGUACAGAGUUCAACUGGGUCGGAAACCGGGUUACUUCUCCUUCCUCGAUCCCUUCUCGCCGGCUGUCUGGCUUUUCAUGUUACUCGCCUACCUGGCAGUCAGCUGUGUGCUCUUCCUGGCAGCAAGAUUAAGCCCUUAUGAGUGGUACAAUCCACACCCAUGCCUGCGAGAGCGUAGAGACAUGCUGGAGAACCAGUACACCUUGGGAAACAGCUUGUGGUUCCCUGUUGGAGGCUUUAUGCAGCAGGGAUCAGAGAUAAUGCCUCGAGCCUUAUCCACCAGAUGUGUCAGUGGUGUGUGGUGGGCAUUCACUCUGAUCAUCAUCUCCUCCUACACGGCCAACCUGGCAGCCUUCUUAACUGUUCAGAGGAUGGAGGUUCCCAUUGAGUCCCCAGACGAUUUGGCCGACCAAACCAACAUAGAGUAUGGCACCAUCCAUGGAGGGAGCACCAUGACUUUCUUCAUGAACUCACGGUACCAGACAUACCAGCGGAUGUGGAACUACAUGUACUCAAAGCAGCCCAGUGUAUUUGUGAAAAGCACAGAGGAGGGCAUAGCCCGUGUAGUCAACUCCAAGUAUGCCUUCUUGAUGGAGAGCACCAUGAACGAGUACCAUCGUGGGCUCAACUGUAAUCUCACACAGAUAGGAGGUCUGCUGGACACCAAAGGCUACGGCAUUGGCAUGCCACUGGGAUCUCCGUUCAGAGAUGAGAUCACACUGGCCAUCCUCCAGCUGCAGGAGAAUAACAGGCUGGAGAUACUGAAGAGGAGGUGGUGGGAGGGGGGGCAAUGUCCCCGAGAGGAGGACCACCGUGCCAAGGGUCUGGGCAUGGAGAACAUUGGGGGCAUCUUCGUGGUGCUGAUCUGCGGCCUCAUCAUCGCUGUGUUCGUGGCCAUUAUGGAGUUUGUGUGGUCAACACGCCGCUCGGCAGAGACUGAUGAGGUAUGCCCCCAUACCUGCCCUCGCCGACCCCACAGACAAACCCCAGUGUCUGUCUGUCAAGAGAUGAUCACAGAGUUUCGAAACGCCGUCUCCUGUAAAAAGAGCUCCCGCAUGCGGCGGCGGCGGCCCCUCAGCAGCUCAGCAGCCUUGCGCCACCCCACUCGCAUCGCUCUCGGGGCCCCUCGGCCCUUGCGGCUGGUCCGGGAGAUGCGCCUCAGCAACGGCAAGCUGUACAGUGGAGCUGGUCCUCUGACAGGUGGAGCGGGAGGUGCAGGGGCGCCCGAUCUCGGACCCGGGCCUCAACGAAUCUUGGACGAUCCACUGGGAGCCAACACAACACCACCCCCACCGGCCGCCACCCCCGUGAUGCUGCCUGCUCGUGGCUGCACCCACGUGAGGAUCUGUCAGGAGUGCAGAAGAAUCCAGAGCCUGAGAUCAGGCAGCAGUACAGGGUCGUCCUCAUCCAGAAUACCCCCUUCCUCUGCCCCUCUGCCCCGGCUACCUCCACCCCCACCCCAGUCCUCUUCCAAUACAGACAGUGAGGGCGGAGGGGGACCUAGCCCAAGGAGACUACAUCACAGUCCUCCGCCGCAUACCCCUCGACCCAUUCCACCUCCACAAAACAGCAACAACACAGACCUACUGGGGGACCAGGACUGA